AAGCCAACUGAGCUACACCAAAAGUGUGGGUAGAUCAACUGGAUCGGAGUCUGCCAAGUGCCUGGACCCGUUCCGCAACACCUAGAAGGGAGCGCGUAGAAAUCAUUUGAUUUACACUAGCUCGUGAAGAAAUAUUGGAAUGCUUGUGUUACAAAGUUUUACUUUCGUUUUCGUAAAAGAGUCAGUGCGAUGACUAUCAGCAGUAUCACUGGUAGUAACUUGUUUUUCUAACUAAAUGCAUUCAGUGAGACGAGUUUGUGAUUCGUUGUUCGUGGUUGUAGGAGGCGCUGUGAUUUCAGGAGCUAUAUAUUUGCUUUAUUGUCGUAAAGAUGGAAGACAUAUUUGUGGCUUUUCAGACCUGCCAAUUGGACUUCCGAAUCCUAGAAAUGUAUGUUACUUUAAUGCAUUGAUGCAAGCGAUCGCAGCGAAUCCAAGUAUUGUCCGCAUUCUUAGACGUAGUGCACGUAUUCGACCCGAUAAAUUUAUAUUUCGAUUAUUAUGCUUGUUAAAAGGAUUACAAUGUUCUUCUCAGUAUAUUGCAGAACAUAAACUAGAUGUUGUAUUAAGAAAAAAUCAUGAAGCGUUAAUUAAUGACAUAGUGAAUACACAACAUUGGGCAAUUCAUGAACAACAGGAUGCUCAUGAACUUUUCGGCUUUAUCAUGGAACGUGCUUGUGGUCAAGAUAAUGAUUUUCUCAGUCAAACAACUGCCAGAAAAAUGAGUGAUCUUUUCAAUUUCAGUCUUCCUCACUAUGAACGAAUAGUUGUUUGUCGUUCUCAUUCUUCAGUUAUUGAAAGUGUAAAAUUUCAAUCAGUCCUUUGUGAUGCAUUUCCAACUCGAGCAUUCGAACAAACUUUGGUAGCUAGUCGUGUAACAUGCAAUUCAUGCAAUUACCACAGUAAGGUGGUCAUUCAACCUGAAGCUUGUUUAACAGUAUUUCUAAAGAAUUCCAGUACUGCAGAUUCAACAAGUAUAAAAACAUCAUCACAGGAAAGUUGGAAAGCUCUCCCAAAGGUUAUAGAUCUCGUUGAAUGCCUUGAUGCCCAAUCUGCAACAGUUGAACCUUUACCUGAUAUGAAGUGUCCUAAGUGUCAAAAAUCCUCCACAUCAAAAUCUUGUUCACAAAAUAACUGUCAACGUGAACAAUGGAUAACACAUACUCCGAAAUACUUAGUUUUGUACAUACAGAGAAGUGAUUGGUUAAAUAUAUCUAGUUCAUCUGUAGGAUCAAAUAAUACUAAUCAAUUUAAUCGAAAUUCCUUUCCAACUGCUAGAAUUGCUACUAAACGUUCUGAACAUGUACAUAUUCCUGAGUGUCUAGAUAUGGCACCUUAUUUGUCAGAAAACAAGAUUUCAAAACGUACAACUUCAUCUCAGACUACAGAUUUACGCGGAAAUAAGGUUGUUGAACUUUCAUCUCCUAGGACUAUGCGAUUAUCACAAGGCGAUGAUUUGAAAACGUACACACUCCGUUCUGUUAUUGUUCAUGAAGGAGCAUUUCUUCAGUGUGGGCAUUAUAUCACCUAUCGUAAAUGGCGGAAUCCUAUGUUGAGUGAGCAAGAGAAGCGUUACUGGUUAGUUCGUGGCAUAACCACUUUAUAUCAAUAUAUUUCAAAUUAUUUCCAAGGAAUACCAACGUCUUCUUACACUUUUGAAUCACCAUGGAUACUGACUUCAGAUUCUCAUGUAAUGCGUGUUCCAUUUAAACAAGUGCAAUCGAGUCCAGCUUAUCUAUUAUUUUACGAACGUUUAUGUGGAUCAAAAAUGUAUUCAAAUGAAAUCAUACCAAUGGUCAAUGCAAACGGCACAGAUCAUCCUACUAAAAAUCACAUCACACUAUUAUCAAUCGAAGAGAUUGUCACAAAAGAUUCAGAGAUAUACAGUGAUGAAGAUGAAAGUGAUUCAUAUAGUUUAAAUGAUAAACAGCACCGUUUUAAGAAGUUAUCAAAAGCAGAUACCAUUAGAGCUUAUGCAUCAUAUGCUUCAAAGUCUCAGAUUUAUGAUAAAUCAUAUGAUGUAUUCUACUCCCAGUUCGUUCUUUUUGUGUUGAAGGGAUAUAGUGCUUUAAUAACCUAAAUAAGCCAGUAGAAUUUAUCAUGUUUGGGUGAAGUCUUCUUGAAGCGUAUCUAUGUCCGUGGAAGCACCCAUCGUAAUCGAACUGGGUGUCGUUACUAUUAAAGCUUCACUUAUUGAGAUACCAUUUGUGUGUGGGUAUGGAUUACUUUUUCAGUGUAUUGACAUUAUGAUAGCCGUAAGGGCUAAGUUUACUUUUAUGCGAUAGACACCCUAAAUACCGUAGGGAAAAUUGUCUUUAUGGAAUUUUGAAGUUGCUGUUGAUAUUAUACACGUCAGAAAAUGCGGUGGAUAUCUUAAUCUAUAAUGCUUAGUUUUCCACUUUUAGUAUCGAUAUUUUUCAUGAGUGACCAUAAACAUACUUAAGCUGAUCAAAGAAAUUGCAUACUUUACACGUAGCGGUGAAUUCUAAAAUUUUAUUCGAUCUUGAAAUAUCAAAAGUUGUGUGCGCUUUAGUAGUUGAUACCAUUAGUUUGUUAAUAUGAUCAAAUCUUCUUGGCUCAAAUCGUUACAUCAAGUGUGUAAUCAACUUAUAAAUGAAAUGUAGAAUUUUAUCUUACUGUGGUGUAUGUCGUUGAUUGAAAGCCGUGGUUUUCAACGAGUCAGAGGUUUGUUAGUAACUCGUUCAAACUACCAAGUUUUGCACAAAUAAGUAACAUCAUUAGGUGUAAGUAGCAACACGGAUGUGGUAUUUGAGUUUAAUUGCCUUGGCUUUAUUUAACAUGUAUUGUUAUACAAAAUAAGCGUAACAAUUCAG